AUGUAAGAGGGGAGGGAGGGAUUGGCCCCAUAGCGCUCAGCAUGAACGCUCCGGUGCAAAAGGAUGUGUGAGCAAGCAGCGCGCUACUGCAGGGACGGUGUCCACAAACUGCUCCAAAAAGAACAACCGAAACUCCGGGCUCAGGACAGCAAAGAGCAACCAAAACCCGUGGACCAGGACAGCGAGUCAGCAACGGCUGCACAGUCCGGAAACAGCGGCGCCCAGCCCGGUGCAAUUGACGGGCUCGUCCGCUGGAUAGUCACCAAGAUGAGCGACAACAAAAGCAUCUCUACCCGGGAAUACACGAAGGAGGAGGCGUCGGUUGCCCAAGAGCAGUUCUUCGCACCAGAGCCACGGAAAGGCAUCUCUGUUAUAUUGGAUAUUUUCCGGAGAGCUGAUAAGGAUGAUGAUGGGAAGCUGUCUCUGGAUGAGUUCCAGGCGUUCUUCUCCGACGGAACGCUGAAUGAGGAGGAGCUGGAGAAUCUGUUUCACUCCAUUGACUCAGAUAACACAAGUAAUGUUGACACUAAGGAACUCUGUGACUACUUUGUCAAACACAUGGGUGACUAUGAGGGUGUACUGGCCUCCCUGGAGACUCUGAACCUGUCCAUCCUCAGAGCCAUGGACUUCACCAAGAAGGUGUAUGAGCGAGGGACCAACGUGGAGCAAUUUGUUACUCGCUUCCUGUUGAAGGAAUCAGCUAAUCAGAUCCAGUCUCUGCUAAACUCGGUGGAAAGUGCUGUGGAUGCUAUUGACGAGCAGCAUUGUAGCCAAUCAGGGUAUCCCACUAAGGUCAGUCCACGGGUUCCAGAGAAACGUUAUGAAAAACCAGUGCCUGACUACCCUCCUAACAACAGAGUCCGUACUGCCAAGGAUGUUGCCCCGAGGAACACCAACACUGCUACAGGGGUGGUGGAGGUGAGGAAAGAGACUCUGGAGGCACAGAUCAACCGACUGGCUGAGCUGAUUGGACGCCUUGAGAACAAGACAGUUUGGUUUGACCUGCAUCAGAGGCUAACAGACACUGAUGGCACAGCCAGCGCAUCCCUGUACCUGAUUCGUCAGGAGAUGGCGGUAUCCCAGAAGCAGCUGGGAGAGUUCUGCGAGGCCCUGAAGCAGUACCUGAAGAAUGUCUCUGCCCAAAGAGACUGCUUCCAUGUGACUGCAGUGCGGCUGCCAGAUGGACUCUCCUUCGUGGUGUAUGAGUUCUGGGAUGGAGAGGAGGAGUGGAAAAAACACCUCCAGACUGCGUCCUCCAAGGCCUUUCAACAUGUUAAAGUGGACACUCUGUGCCAGCCUGAGGCUGUGUCCACUGUUGCUGUGCCAGCCGCCUGGUGCAGCCUGAGCAGAGACUGACAGGGGUGGGGCCAGAUUGCCUGAGUCUGCAACACCCCCCAUCCUUAGCUCCCCCGUAACCUCCCUCACCCGCUCUCUCUCACCCUCACAACCCCUCUCUUUCUCUCUUUUGUAAGUACAUGUUUACACAGUGUCUGUUUGAUAUUGAGGCAAAAUGGAAUGCGUCAAUUGCAGUGAAUAUUGAACAGUGCAUUAAAGCGAGAUUACCUCCAUCCAAUGCAUUUCUUCAUCGUAUCGUUCACCCUCAAGUCAUGGUAGAAAUGAGGUGAACAGUUAACCUGCUUUUGAGGCUCUCGUGCAUGUCAUCCAUUUUGACUAAAGACAUGAACCCGCUACUGCUAAUGGUAGACUAAUAGAGCGCUCAACAUUCGUCUCUAUCAAGCAGUUAAGGUUGUUUUUUCCGUUGUGUUAAAAGUACAUGUAUGAAUCAGCACUGGAUAUAUUAGCUGUUAAAGUCUAGUAAAAUUAUAUGAAAAAAUGUUAUAUUACAAUUAUAUUUGUAUUGACGUCUUUAGUGAUACAGUGCAAAAUUAUGAAGAAAAAGCAAUUACUACAAAAGUAGCAAAACUUGGUUUGCUGCAGCAGUUCCCUUUUUGACCAACACAAUCUCAAGCCUUAAACAUCAACAUAUGGUUGAGGUUGUAAGUGGGUACCUAGGUAGGAUUUCCCAUAAACACACACUAAUUAGAUUUUAAACAUCUAACGCACAGCCCCAUAUUACAAUCACAAUGUUCAUUGCAAUUGAGCAAAAAGGACAUGUUUACACACCUAUCAAGCAAAAUGACAGUAACAGAAAAUAUAUCAGAAUGUUCACCCACCAAUCCAGUUAGAGAAGAACCAUGACAACUUUGUCCAACCUCAAUUUCACCAACCUGAAAUCAACAUGAUCAAUCAGAGACCGUCAAAAACCACAAUGUACAUAAAUGGAAUAUAGCGAUUACAGAUAUAUAAAGUAUGAGAGUAUUAUAAAUGAUCAAAAUAUGAAUGUUAUCUAUAAAGAAUAAUGUAUGAAUCACUCAUCUUGAUCAACCUUUAGAGGGCGGAAUAUUUCACCUACUUUGCCAUUGAAUUUCUUAGUUUGUCCUGUAAGCACCUGAAGGUCAUGGCAAGCCUGUCCUUAACCAAUGGGGGAAUAUCAAACUCUCCCUCCCCAGGAUAACAUUCUCAGAUAAUAUCAAAGUAAGUAAUAACAAAUACUGUCCUUGUGCACUGUAAAAUAAAUAAAACAGUUUGUUUACUUGCCUUUGAUCAUAACUAGGACCACCACUGAAAUGGAAUGAACUCAUGUCCAGUUCAAUCUCUGGUGCUAGGCCACAUUACACUUUACCUUGAGAGAACCCUGGACUUCUCAGUGUUAAUGCACCUGUGAUAUUAAUCAAUAAUAAAUAGCACGCCUUGGGCUUUAUAUUAGCCUCAGCAUCAGUAUUGCAGAAUGGAGCAAGAGCAUGGAUCCCUUGUUGACAGAUGUGUGGAAAUUCUACUGGAAAGGUUUUCUAUUUAUCCGUUGCUUCUGUUGGGUUCUGUAUGAACAGAUCAGAGCCAGCCAGACAAAAAAAUGCCAAUACUAUUUCUAUAACAUUCCUGGCUGUUCCCUAAACUGUGCAAUCAAUUUUUUUCUCCUUAUCCCUCACUUGAGUGCAUGUUAAAAUGAAUGUCCAGUAACUUAUUUGCUGUAGUAUUUAGCCAUGCUAUUUUCAAUGGGUUUUGUGCGUUUCUUAUUUUUCUUUUAUAGUAUUCCUAUAAAGGACAGACAAAACAAAAAUAUAUAUGAAUAUAAAAUGCCAUACAGAAUGAACAUUCACUUUUAUGGCAAUGUUUAAUGAAAUACUAAUUCUUAUACUUAUGUAUGUUUCAGUAAAAUGGCUUUCUCUCUUUGAGUGUAGAGACUUAUUGCAGGGAUGCAAGUACUAUAUUUAGUCUUAACGUUGUUGAAAUUCUAGUUAAUGUAGAGUGAUGCAACUCAAUAAAAUGGUAAUACUGAAAUAAA